AUGUCGAAUUCAUACCCUUACCAUCGGCCUGAGCGCUAUGACGCAGGACAGCAAUAUCGCUCCCAAGCAUCAGACAGAGAAUGGCGGGUGGUAGACAACGGCAGAGCCCCAAGGCCCUCAUACGACGAUAGCACCGAAAACGAUCAUAGGAGAUCCACAGCUGGUCCCUCAUCCAGAAGAUUCGCUAAUAGUAGUAUCAAGGACGACUCUCGAGAUAGGCAAAUGUCAUCCGGAUCCCCUGGAUCGCACAAUCGGGACAGGCGCAGAUCUCCUGCAACCGACGCGCGCCGCCCCUCUGCAUCCAAUGAGCCGGAUCGCGAUCGUGCCGUGUCCAGCAGGCCAAGCACUCCAAGGGGUCCUCGCACAGAACGAGAGAGGAAGCGACAGGCGACAGAGACACCUGCCUCGAGCGAGGUCUCCAAGUCCGCGCAUGAAGCAAUGCAACAGGCAGCAUCGGAUUUCAUCGAAGCUUUAGUCGGCUUCGAGCCAACAAGGUUGGAACUUCAGGAAGUACGUCUGAAAGCUAUUUUGCGGUGUGGUGCCGGGACGCGCUGCCUGAAGCAUUGCUGAGAUUAUCCCUUCCAUUGCUCGCUCUUCACAGGCAAGAAAGAAAUUCGAUCAAAUGCAAAACUUGCGAAAUGCACGAGACAAACGGGGCGAAGAAGAGACUCCGAUCCACGCUGAGCAGUUCAAGACCGCCAAGGAACGUCUGCAAGCUGUGGACGUGAAGGUCCAGGAUGCCAAGGCGGCGAUCUUGAAAGCCCAUCAAGAGGUGCAGUAUUCCAUCAUACGCUCCACACGAAACGAGACGAAGAGGCACUUCGAUGACAUUGAGAAGAGCAUCCCCUCACCACAGCUCAUCAGGAAGACUGCUGAAGAUGUUGGUGACUCGGUUCGGAAGGAUAUUACGAGCAAGGAGGAGAUCGACAAGAUGGUCAAGAAUCAGGUUCAGAGCAUGGUCCAACUUGAACGCCGGGGUCUGACUAGCGCUUUCUUGACGAAGGAGGAAGGCCGCAUUCUGAUGAGAGAUGUCGCUGACGAAGCUCUGAAGGCCUUCGACCCACCACCACCGCCUCCGCCUCCUGUAGCCCCAGCAGCGAGUGCUACCGCCAUGUCUGCUCCCGCGACAUCAAAUGUGUCGGUGAGCGGCGCUGCCGAACCAGAGGAAGGCGAGGUGGCGCUGGAUGACUCUCCUGUACCGUCCACGAAACCUCGGACGCACAAGGACGUGCGCGCGGUCAUAGACGCUCGAUAUACUGACAUGCGACAUGAGAUGAUGGAUCAUUUCGCCGAGUUGAGCAAUAACCUGGCAGACCUUAUCAAGGUUGCCAUUGAGGAUGCUCAAGAGGAACAUCGAGCCAAGAAGCGCAAAGCAUUCGAAGCUGUUGCUGCUUCGAGUGCUCCGGAGGAUAGGCAAGACGCGCCUCUCGCCGCCGCCAAGGAACUCGUUGAUGCCGUAUUCGGUGCAUUCAGACCCGCAGAACUCGCGACGUCCGACUUUGCGGGCGAGCAAAGGGAGCAGGACACCUCGGCCGGCACAAAUGCGGCGGCGGGUACGGCAGAAUCGUCGGAUCGGAUUAUUGCCCCCUUACCCAGAGCUGCAUCAAAGUCGCAGGCCACUGGCCCUUCGUCUGCCCAGCCCGCAAGCGGGCAGGCCGCCCAAGGCGGUAGCGCGCCCUCGAACGAAGCGCUUUACAAAUCUCUCGCAGAGGAGCGAAAGCGCAACGACGAUCGAUUCAGCAACGUGAGCAGGGUGAUGACGAUGAUGCGUGACCUGCAUCGGGAGGAGCUAGAAGGCCUCAAGACGUCGAACAAGGCGCAGAAGGAUGAGAUCGAGAAGUUGCAAGCAGAGAUCGCACGUCUUGGGAAAGCUGCAUCUGCUGGGCCGACCGCGACGCUGAACGGCGCUCCAGCUGCGCCGCCGCAAGGAGAAGCGCCCGCAUUGUCGGGCACGACACCAGACGUCUCGACGCUGCGCGAUAGACUGGACGGGCUGGACAAAUCCCUGUCGCAAUGCACAGAGGAUUUGUUGGCAGUGCAAGAGACUUGCAAAUUUGUUCCGCGCUUGAAUUCCAGGUUGAACAAGCACAAGGAGAUGAUCGACAUGAUUGUGGAAAACUCGAAGAACACGAAUGCAGACUUGACCUACAUCACUGCGCUCUUUGCGGGCAUUCCGGAAGUCUCGAAUGAGGUGUUGCAGGUCGCCCCGAACGGCGCCGCUCCUGCGGCCUCGAAUGGAGCUGCGCCCCAACAGGUGCCUAGUGGUGUCGGUGGUGAUUGA